CAUAUCUGAAGAGCCGUGAAAUGAAUUCAUGCUGUCUUUCUUUCUUUCUGAAAACGUGUUCUGUGUUCAGCAGUGAUUGGAGUAUUGUAGUGGCACAAUAAUAUAGGAAUAAUGCAGGAACUUAUCGUCUGUCAAUGCGACAUGUUAUAGCAUGAUGGUUUUAUGAUUUACUUCAUCACAUUUUAUAAUAAAGGCAGUGCAAAGUAUAUGCUAAUGUGAUACAGUUAAUCAGAAUGUAGAGUAAGGUAAGUAAGAUGGACAGAUAAGACGAUCAACGACUUUGAACAGCUUUGAGAAGGAAAAAAGCAGGACCGAGCCGAAAGUGUCGGUUCUUAUAGGUCAGCUGAACCAACUCUUGAUCUGACUCACUGAAAAGAGUCGGAAUUCCUAUCACUGUUCGUGAGUCAGUUCUUCUCCGCGAUUGAUUUUGUGACAUAAGACAACACUUUUUGUCUUUAUUUACACUCUUGCUAUGAAAAGCUCACGUUUCACGAGAGCUUGUUUGCUGCCGACUUCAAGCGCGAAGCGUCGUAAAAUAUCGCUGUUUGUUUGCUGACGGCUUCAAGUGCCAAGUGUCGUAAAAUCCCACUGCAACAUCCUAACCCGGAAGUAAGAGCUGGAUUUGGGGUGCUUGAAUGCAGCAUAUGGUGAUCAUGAAGCGUGAGGGAUUUUCAUAAAACCUGAACGCGAUCCAGGUGACUACUGAAGUUUUAGGAUCCGAAGUGCAGCAGAAGCAGGUGAUUGUCAUGUGGAGAUGAGGAGCAGUGUGGUGACGCGGUGCAGUGAGAGGAAGAGUGGCAUUCCUGCAGCUGCGAUGCGGUUUUUGUUUUGUAGGUUGAUUGCAUGUUUGAAAUGAAAUGAAAUGAAAUGAACUGUUUCUGCAAUGGCGAGAGGGCUGUUUGCACGGGCCUGGACCACCAAGUUUUACCUCUUUCACGUUCGGCUGUCGUACAUGCGGGUGAAGUACCUGUUCCUCACCUGGCUGGCGGUGUUUGUGGGGAGCUGGGUGGUGUACGUGCGUUACUCGUCUUACACAGAGCUGUGCCGAGCGCACGAGUGUUACACCACCAUCUGUGAUAAAUACAGAGCGGGCGUGAUCGAUGGCUCCGCCUGCAGCAGUCUGUGUGAGAAAGGCUCGCUGUAUUUGAGGAGGUGUCUCUCCAGUAAACCCAACAACCAGGUGUACACAGCGAGCUGGGGCGAUGUGAACGCGGUGAUCAAGUGCCACCUGGGCGAUGUGCUGCACUAUGAGCUGGGAGAAGAGCUGGAGCCGAAGAAGGAGCUGGUGCUUUUCGACAAACCCACCAGAGGAACGUCGGUGGAGAAGUUCAAAGAGAUGGUGUACGAUCACGUGAAGGCCAAGGUUGGUGAGCAGGCUGACCUCACCACGUUGGUGUCACUGGUCCUGUCGUUUGCGGAUGCUGAUCACGACGGGCGUGUGUCUCUACCGGAGGCACGGUCAGCGUGGGCUCUCCUGCAGCUGGACGAGGUUUUACUCAGCGUGGUUCUGCAGGGACGCAGUCACACGCCCAAGCUGCUGGGUUUCUGUGGCAACCUGUAUGUGGUGGAGCGAGUCGUGUACACGCCGCUGUACGGCCUCAAUCUGUCUCCGGGGCUUGAGCCCUGGAUCACGGCUGUGCUCGGUCGCAGCUUGGAUGACUUCUUCGCUCCGUCGUGGCCUCGCAAGGCGAAGAUCUCGAUCGGGCUGCUGGAGCUGGUGGAGGACGUUUUUCACGGGAUGUUCGGCUCCUUCCUGCUGUGUGACAUGACGCCGGGAAGCUUCGGAUACACCAAGCACUAUGAGCUGCGUCUUUUAGACGGGCAACACGUCGUGCCGGAGGAGGCCUUCAGACGGGUCGUGCAAGGUCGCCCGUGCCAGGAAGACUCGGACUGCGUGUACAGUGGCGACUGCAGAGCGUCGUGUCUCCAAGCCGAGCAGCGCUGCAGCCCCGAGCCGAGCCGGACGAACCUGGCGCGAGCCUGCAGCGCGCUGGAGGACUUCCUGCUGCAUGGGGCGCCAUUGAGCCUGCGCGAUGAGCUGGAGCGGCAGCUGAACACCUGCAUGCAGCUCACGGGCUCCGGCGAGAAGAUGCAGAUAGAGCACUCGCUCAUCCUCAACAACCUGAAGAUGUUGCUCUGGAAGCAGAUCUCGCACACCACUGACUCGUAACACCGCACACACUGUGAACUCGCUGUGGUACUGCUGCGUGUGUGUGUGUUUUUGCUUUGCUUUAUUUUUCAUGCUGACUUAAUGAUUUAGUGUCACUCUUUGAACUCUCCUGCUCCCUCUUAUUCUCCGACACAACAGUUAAAGGUGCCGUUUGUAAAUUUGUAAUAUUUAAGUGUUUUUAAAAAUUCUUUUUUUAUUCAUAAUAAUCAUACGACUUUAACUUGCCAUGCGUCUUGCUUGAAAUGUCUUGCAGCAUUUCAGUGUUCGCCAUUAUUCCGGCCUGGAAACUCCGCCUCUAGUUAGAAAAAUCUCCUCAGCUCCGCCUACUUAUCUUAAAAAGCAACUCAUUGUGAGGCUGUGAGGAACAGGAGCCGAGAACAGCAACUGAACGGUGAAAGACUAGAAUAGAAUGACUUUGACUACGUUCAGACUGCACCCUGAAACGACCCAUAUCCGAUUUUUUUGCCCAUAUGCGACCUGUAUCCGAUUUGUUAUUGACAAUCUGAACGACACGGAUCCGAUUUUUUCACAUGCGACCCAGGCCGCUUGGAUAUGUGGUCCUAAAUCCGAUGCAUAUCCGUUAUUUUCACAUGCGACUGCAGUCUGACCGGACAGGUCGCAUUCAUGCGACCUACACGUCAUCAACAAGAGACAAACGUCACUAUUCUGCGUUGGCUAAUCCCGCCUCUUUGGUGGAAAACAACAACAUUUGUACAGUUUUCAGAAUUUAAAUAGACUUUUAUAGAAUUGAUCAAGCUAAUGGUGGAUUUGGUAGGGACCUGGAUGUUGAUCUGUUAGCCUGAUUAAAUAAAACAGUUUCUAUAACUGAUUUAUAACUUAAACCAUCCUGGAUUACAAGAUUAUAAGAUUGUUCUGGAAAUUUCCAGUAAUUUGACACCUUCGGUCUCAUUACUCUGCUGCCCACAUUAAUCAGAUUAUUGUGUGAGUUCCGCCGCCGCCACAAAAACCACAUCGCCAGGUCUCGCCUCAUCUCCAUAGCAAACUGCACUGGUGUUUCUGCACCUUGAGCCAGCGCUGAGAGAAGUUGCAGAAUUCAGCUGGCUAUAAACAAUCUAAAUAAAUAUUUAUAAAAAUGUAGAAAAAGUUUAUUAAUAUGAUGAAAUAAAUAUGUGCAAAUUAUUAAGCCUGAAUUAAGAGUUUGGUAAUACAGCGGCCGUAUCCCAAAUGACUGCCUACUGAAGCUCGAGUGCACUAUAUAGAGUUUAAAAAUCCAUUACUUCCUAGUAACAUGUAGUGCACUUAUAUAGAAAUUAGAGAGACAUUUAGGAGUCAACCCUCGUUACCAGGCUACACGUUUUCAUUUCAGUUCAGAAACAAAAACACACACGAGACCUCACACUUUAACACUAACCAGAUAAUUAAACAAACAAACAAACAAACAAAAAAUCAUUAAACAUGAAGAGUGCGCUUUUUUUUGUUUACGUAUUACGUAGAUGUGCGUAUUACGUGUCAAUUUGCGCAUGCGGGACACUUUUGGGUCGUUUUCCGUUCAUAUUGGAGAUCGCAUACAAGUCUCAUAUAAUUGGUAAUGUGAACUGCCUAACAAAAAAAUCGGAUUUCAUAAAUCGGAUAUGGGUCGUUUCAGGUUGCAGUCUGAAUGUAGUGUUUGUCACUGCACAAAUGUACAACGAAAUUUAGUUCGUCACAGGCCGCUGCAUACAUGCGUGCCGCCACUCUUGGGCACUUCAGCCCAAGGCCAUCCCAUAUUAACCUAACCGCGUGUCUUUGGACUGUGUGGGAAACCCAUGCAGACGCGGGGAGAACAUGCAGACUCCACACAGAAAGGCACCUGUCAGCCGCUGGGCUCGAACCCAGAACCUUCUUGCUGUGAGGUGACAGUGCUAACCACUACACCGCCGCGCAACGCCCUAAUGCUUCUUCCUUUUAUUGGGUGCCAUUACUUUUGGAACGGUUAGCUUUAAUCGUCGGUGUAAUCUGCAUAUAAAAUUGCAGGAACUCCUCCUCAACGAUUUCAUAGGAUAGGAUUUUUUUUUUUCAACCUAACCUCAUGCUAAUGGUUUUAUGAAUACAUUUUCGUCGGCAGUUUGAGAAACGAGGCCCCGUCGACGACUUAUUCAAAACGGUUAACAUUUUAAACGAACCAUUCCGAUGACGUUCAGCUUCGGCGCAUUUUAUAUCAUAAACCUGGAGUAAAAAUUGAAGCAACGAUCAUGAUCUGAUAAUUGGUAUAAAUAUUGGCACACAGCUAAGAGCAGAAGAGUUUAAAUAGUGACAGUAUCUCAUCUCACAUCAGCUCCGUGUGUGUGUUGACACAUUUGUGCCAUAUGUGAGCGAUUACUGAAUUAUUUUUAACACUUCUUUCUCGUCAUAUGAAACUAAAAGUGAAACAUUUUCCAUCCAUGAAUUAAAGACUUGAAGUUUAAAAAAAAAUGCUGAAGGAUAUACGAAUGAUGAAGUAGAGGUGUGUACGGGACUCUGGGUCUCUGCUGUUAUCAUUUUUUAGAACUUUUUUUGUUAAAAGGUUAAAUUUGCCUUUUACACUGCUGUGACCUUGAGCAGGAUGAACAGGUUACUGAAAAUGGAUGAAUGAAUACGAAAAAUGCAUCGUUUGAAUAUUCAGAUUUGUUCAUUUUUAUUAUUAACGUGAUUUUUUUUUUUUUUACAUCGUAAGGAAUUUUUUCUUAUCGUGUCAACACGUCACUGUACUAAUGUUUCCUACAUUUCCCACAAUGCUGUGCUGAUUGGUAGUGGUGAAGUGGGAUUUUGCUUUUGCUUUUAUCUCUAGCUAAAUGGAGCGAUGCAGCGGCGCUUUAUUUUGUCCAGAUCUCACCUUCAGUUCCGCUCAAACAAAUCAGCUUUCAGACUGAGAGUGCAGUGUUUUGCACCAAUGUGUUUGAUGGAUUUCUCAUUAAAAUUAUACUUUUUUUUCUUUUUUAGGAGCUGACGACAAAACCUGAUCGCUUUUUUGUUUGUUUGUUCUUUUCCUCCCAUUGACCGCCAGCGUAACAGCGCUAACAUCAACAUGGUCCUGUGACAUCAGUGAGCCGCCGACAUGUUCGCACCAGAAUCGCUGAAACACAUUGAAUAUUUAUACAUUUUUCUUUUACUGAAUGUUCUUUUGAGCUUUGGAUUUUUUUUUGUUAUUGAGUCCUGUGGAAUCUCGGUGGAAUCUCGGUGCACACCUCUACCACAAAACUGUGAUCGUCUCUUUUAAGUCACAACUUCUCACACUCAUCAUCCUGCAUGCUACCAUUACAGCUGCGGAGAGAAAUAACACUCCGUGCUGGAGCCGGUCAGAUCUUUCAGGAAAGAUUUUCCUCCUCGUGUGCUGCAGUGAAGAGAAACAGACAGUUGGAUCUCGUCGAGGUUUUAGGAUUGGACUCGACUCGACUCGACACGUUUUUGCAUCCAUUUCCUGUCCCGCAUCAUCAUGUGAACGAGCCGUUUGCUGAACAUUGCCGCUGCUGGUUAAGGGUUAAAAAAAAGUUCUAUUUUAAAAUAAAAGUAUAAAUGCAUGACUUUGCACAUUAAAGUAUUUUGUCUCA